CAGGUAACCUGAACGUAAACAGUCCGGAGCAAAGAUAGAGCGUGGAGAAAGGCAGCACUUUCUAGUGAAGAAUUUGGAGGGGCCCUGAUUGUCUGAGGAGCAUUUGUCAUUAUUUUUUUUAAAGAUCUUAUCUAAAGAUGUCUGCAGGACGGACCAUGGAAGGGGCUGGCUAUGUUACGUGGUGGGGCUUUAGCCCAGCUUUAGAUCUCCUAGACGUCGGUCCGGAGAGACAACAUGGAGAGUUGAAUGUCUUACUAGUGGGCUGCAGUGAUCCUCGGCACAUCCUCAAGACUAUUGCUGGUAUGAAAGAUAUAGAUACACUAUCGGUGUGGGUAAUUGAGAACAGUAUGGAAGUUGUGGCACGACAGUUGCUUCUUCUCUUCCUUUCGUUAACCUCAACCGACGGUUUGGGGCUACAUGAAAAGGUGGAAGUGUUUCUAGAGGUAUUUGGAAACUCAGAGAUUCGUAGUCAGACUGAAGAAAUCCUAAGAUGUGCUGCCACUCAGCUCUCGUUAUCAGUAUCUGACAUGCUUAGUGCACAGAUUCAUCCCUGCCUGGACACAGGGCUCCUUAAGUAUAAGGAACGAGAUGAGUUGGCAUGGAUCUUCAAGCAAUGGCUGCAACCUCCAUCACUUAGCCCUUCGAUGAGUAAGGCCUGGGACAGUCGUGUGAGGCAGUAUUUGGGCUCCCGGUAUGACUCUAAACAUGGCUGUUAUGACUGGGAUCUCACCAUGAAGCUUUAUCAGAAAGGGUGUGGUGUCAUCAGUAAGCAACAGUAUGUGAAGUGGCGGGACACAGGUUUGGCUUUUGAGCUUAGAGAAGGACAUUAUCAGAGAGCCAAUCAAAGUCUGCUCUCCAGCCGCAUAUUCGGUCAUAGGAAUGAGAGGGUUGCAGUAAGAGGUUACUGGGGUGAUAUUGUAACCAGCCCAUACCUUUGUUUUGGCAUUGAGACGGAUGACAAGGAACUACUCAAAAAGCACAACAACCAGCAUGUUAAGACAGCACAAGACAUCUCCUUUGCAAAUGUGCUGGCUCUGUUCCAGGCCCUGUCCAACAGGGGGAGCACUCUGACAGCUUGUCUGCAGGCCAGUGAAAACAACGACCGAGAGGAGAGUCAGUCCCAAACAUCUGAGAUACUAUUAGAGUCAAACUCUUCAGCCAGUCACGGAAAAGAGGAACUUCAAAAACAUCAUGACUGUCCAGAUGGUGGCAUUUCAGAGGAACGCCAGCCUCAUUCAGAGACAAAGGAGAAAGCCAUACAUUAUGAGCUCAUGACUGUGAAUGGUGUGAGGGUUUUCUUCCUCCCUCUUGACUCUCUAUCAAAACUCCCUGAGAAGCAGAAAUAUUCCCAGUUCUUUAACACCAUCUAUUGUUCAGCUAGUAUGGUUCAUAGCUUAAAACCAUCUCUGAAAUUAAUCGCAGCAUCUGAAGCAACUCUCAUAGUGGAGCAGGGCAAGUACCUGCUGGACCUGUCCAAAGAGCAAGAGGCUGGUUUCACGCAGAAAAUAAAAGAAAUCACUCGAACGGCAGGUUUCAGUCCUACACAGGAGGACCCCAGUGAUGAGCAUGCUGUGUUCACACUGCAGCAGCAAUGAUAACAUCAAGGUGAUAUAUUCAACAUGUUGAUGAUGGAGGUCAUAUGGAUAUAUAUAUAUUAAUUUCAUUGUGUGUUGCUUCUGUUUCUGGAGGGAUAUGCUGUGUCAUACGUUUUAGAUGCUUAGAUACUAGCUUUCUUUUUAACUUUAUGAUCAACAUUUGUCUGUAGUGAAGAUAAAAUGUAAUUUUGGCUAUAGGUGUUGUUUGUUGUAGUUAUGUUACAUUCAAUAGUGAGAUAUUCUAACAAAAAAGAAAAGAAGUAAGAAAGUCAGUGAAGUCAGUCUUGCAGACAAAGAAUGUUUGGUGAAAAAGAGUAAAGACAUUAAACAAUAUAAAUUCAAGUCACGUGGCAGUUAGCGACACAAGCACCUCUGGAUUUGCAGUCUUUGUCAUCAAACAAUUAAUUUACAUUUCAUGUGUGUUCCAAAUACACUCACAUCUGAUGUGUGCACCACAUUAGCUUUUCAGGAAGCACUAUUAUGGGCUCCCGGGUGCAACCAAAAAACUGUCCAAUGUGCACCUAAGAUCUUGCCUGUCUAACUCUGUGUGCAUACGGCAUUAUUUUUUCCCAUUAUUCUACAAUAGUGGAUGCAAAUAUGAAACACUACCACAAGGGUAGAGGAGUGCCCAUAGGAAAGGGAAAAUUCAAAGGAGAUCUCUCCUUUGAGCUCAGUUUAACAUCAAUGUGAGAUUCUUAGUUUGAACUUUUGUCUCAGCUCAGUUUUUUUUUUUAGCCAAGGGUCUAUUUCUGGAUGUCUAAAUUUUCUGUGCGGUUUUGAAGUUGUUGUGAAACAACAAAAUAUCCAUAUAACUGAGGCCUGGGGGCAGU